AUGAAGGAAAUGAGUAAAAAGGAGAAAUUGGCAGGACUGAAUAUCAGUAUUGUUGUUCAGAUGUCUUUGGAAACAUUACCACUGUUGAUCACAGCUUCUGAAGGAGUCCUCCUUGUAUGGCAUGACACAGACAGUGGUGGUAAUUCCGAGUUUGGGGAUCAGGUGUGGUCAGUAAACUCAGCAGGCCGGACGCCGAGCGGCUGGUCCCGCUGCCGGACAGGCCCUGCCCCUCCUGAGGGCCUGGGAGCUCCUCUCUUCAACACGGUGGCAUCCACAGUGGCUGUGGUGAACAUCAACCCUCCUCUUAAGCCAAACGGGGUGGUCAGUAUCUACAGGCUGUUUUCUAAUGAUACCAGAGGGACUGAUGUGGUGCUGUCAGAAGGGACUGCCACCCAGCAGACAAUACAUGGGCUAAAACCUUUUACCACAUACUCCAUUGGCGUAGAGGCCUGCACCUGUUUCAACUGUUGCAGCAAAGGACCCAUGGCCCAAAUCACCACGCAGCCGGCUCCACCGUCGGAGCAGCCUCCUCCGCAGAUCCGCACCGUGACCUCCAGGAAUGCCUCUUUCCAGUGGAGUGCUCCUCAGUCACCGAACGGAGUUGUCACCAGCUAUGAGCUCCAUGUGUAUAUGGCUUGUCCCCUGAACCUACAGCCAGCAGUGAAAGCUUGCAGUCCUGGCCCAACUGAGGUGAAGUAUACAGGAAAAGGCCAGAGUGCAAACGUGUCCAACCUAGAGCCUUACACGACUUACAACCUGCGAGUCGUGUCUUACAACUCUGUUGGCAGCAGCGCCUCAGAGUGGAUUGGUUUCACUACGGAAAAGGAGCCACCUCGAUACAUGGCUCCAUUCUCCAUUGUCAGCAAUUUAUCCACCAUCCACAUAGACUGGAGUCGCACGUUUGUACUGAACGGCCGCCUGAAGGAGUAUGCGUUAACUGAGAGCGGGCAACGCAUCUACAGUGGCUUUGACACUGAGCUGUAUUUACCAAGGACAUCUGACAAAAUGACCUGUAUCACCGAUGAAGGGAGCGCCAUGACACCAGUCAUCAAGUACAGCGCUGGAGAUGGAGUUGGUCUGAUCUUGACAACACCUGGAGAGAAGGACAAAGCAGAGUCCAAACGUGCAAAAUUCUACGACGAGUUGUGGUUUGCAGUGCUGAUGUUUGAGACCAUUGCUAACACGUCUGACUCAUCAAGCAGCGUCACCCUAAAAAGAUACACCAUGCACUUUGAGGGGCUGGCAGAUACAAAAAUUCCAGGAGCUGGUUCUCCCAUGAGCAACCGCAGCUUCCGUAUCCCCUCUGGGGCAAGGAGACCAAGUCAGAGCCAGUUAAGUCGCACAUAUUCUCAGGCCUCUCUUCACCGCAGCGUCAGCCAGCUGCUCGACCUCUAUGACAAAAAGCCCCUUGCUGACGAAUCACCUUGGGAUGCCAUUAUUCGCAAUCAUCACACUGCUCGGCGUGGCUUGUAUGCAGAUGGGGAUGAUCUUGUCAAUGUCAUUAAAGGCUUCAGCACAGUAACCAAGGAGCACACCACAUUCACCGACACCCACCUCUGA